ACAAUAGAUAAAUUGAUGCUUUCGACCUGCCGAAACGAUCAGGAAGAUGUCCUUGGCGACCUUUUGAAAGAAGGAAGUUGUGACCCUAACUUCGUCGACGGUGCCGGUAACACAGCAGCUCACUACGCUGCCCAGUUCGGUUCCAUUGGCUGUCUUGAACUGCUCGUCAAUCUUGACGACAUUGAUUUCGAUGUCAAAAAUAGACUUGAAGGAGACACACCUUUGCAUAAGGCAGUGCAACAUCAAAGUGAAGACGUCCCCAUGGCGGUUGCAAUGGUAGAGAUUUUGCUUGAGGCCGGUGCUGACCCUAACAUAGAGAACCGUAAUAAGCUCACGCCAAUCACAUUGGUGAACCCCCAAAACAAGGAGCUUAAGGAAUUACUAGAACAA